AUGUUCAAGCUUUACGCUCUUGCAUUAAUCGCUUCGUUUGCGGGUGUAGCUAAUGCUCACUUCCGUCUUCUCUACCCGGAACCUCGUGGCCCGUUCGUCUCUGAUCAAGAGCCCAACUUCUGUGGGGGCUACACUAAUGUUACACCCAACCGUACCGCAUUCCCGAUUAGCGGCGGUUUCUACAGCAUCCGUACUGGACAUGGGGGAACCAUUGGUGUCAUGGUCUCAACCGUACAGAACCCCAACAACUUCGACAACUUCUCGUCUGCUUCCGGGGAACCACAAUUCGUGAAUGCGUUCCAGAGUUCACCUGAUGCGGGAGUGCUAUGCUUCCCCUUGGACUUCUCGCAAUCGAAUAUCACCGGUGUUCGCGAUGGUGCCAACGUCACCGUGCAAGUGGUUGUCGCCGGUUCGGACGGUAGCUUGUACCAGUGCGCUGAUCUGACAUUGUCGAGCAAUGCCACCACCAGCUUCACUUGCGCGAACGAGACCACCAGUAGUCAUGAUUCAGGAUCUAAUAGCUCCAGUACCACCGGCGGCUCAAGCGACAGUUCCAACAACAACUCGGGCUUAGGACGUGCAAGUACGUUGUCUGCAUACGCAGCUGGCGUCAUGGCCGUUGUUGGGAUCAUGGCCGGUGCUCUAUGA